AUCAUCAAUGUGAGAGGGGGACAACGCUACACAGAGCCAUAGUGCUAUCCUGAUCACACAAGUAAGGUGCGCCAGUGUGAUGAGCUCUUAAUGCGCGUUGCCCGGUCUCUGGCGCAUCCGAAGCUUAGAUUUAGUCCAGUAAGUAGGUUAGUACUAGACUGGCGUCUGUAUUUUUAAGUCCAUUUUUUGGAUAAUUAGCAAAAUGAGGUAUUUUGCGCUUGGAUUGCUGGUGUUUUGCGGAUUAUUUGAAUAUGGCACCCCAAUAAUGUGCUACGAAUGCAACAGCGCCACCAACUCGCAAUGCCUCCAAAAUAUCCUCCCUGAUACCCUGAAACGAAACUGUUCGGAGCACGACCGCGGCGUGACACAUACGCUGUGUCGUAAGAUUAUACAGCAUGUGGAUGUGGCUGUGAAUGGCCAGUUACCGGCUAGCAGGGUUAUUAGGAGCUGCGGGUGGGAUGAGACUAGAUAUAAGGGUGCCUGCUACCACCGCUCCGGCUACGGCGGCAGACAAGAAGUAUGUUCCUGCACCAAGGACUUUUGCAACGGAGCCAACGACAUCACCUCUGUUACCGCCCUCGCUCUCGCCUCGUCCCUCAUGGCAGUACUCAAGUUCGUCUGCCAAUGACUUUCAUAAAAUACUCUGCAACUUCUGAUACCGUGAUUUGGGGUGAGUUGGGCCGAGACUGAUUUUAAAAGUAACAGCUGAAUAAAGAAGCCCAAUUUUCCCCGUGAACUCGACUCACCCCAAAUUACGGUACAGCUCGAAAGCUAGUCUGCAGGGCUAGCACAAGCGGCGCGACAGUGCCCCGCCCGACAUAAACCACACGUCUUUUUGUAAUAUGAAAUAUUACGCGAAACUUUGCUCAGAUGGAUGGAUAUUGAGGAGACCCUACCAUGAACCUUGUUCGAUAUUCUAAUUCACCG